AUGAAGCUUGUAAUCCAGAGGGUCACGCGAGCUAGCGUCCUGAUUGACGAGCAAAUCCAUUCAAGAAUUGGGAAAGGCUUGUUGCUGCUCCUUGGGAUUGAGCAAGGCGAUGGGCUGGAACAGGUAAACCAUCUGGCCGCGAAGGUUGCAAAGCUCCGCUUGUGGCCUGAUCUUAAGGACUCCAAGAAGCAGUGGGCAUCUUCUGUUGUGGACAAUGGCUUUGAGCUCCUUGUUGUCAGCCAGUUCACACUCUUUGCAACCUUUAAGAAGCCCAAGCCCGACUUCCACCAAGCCAUGGGUGGCAGCCAGGCAGAAGGUCUCUAUGAGGCCUUUGUGACAAAGUGUCGGAGCGAACUUGCGCCUGAAAAGGUGUCCACAGGCAGCUUUGGCGCCAUGAUGCAAGUGGAGCUCUGCAACGACGGGCCUGUGACAGUGGAACUGGUAUCUCCCAGCUCAACGCAGAGCACGGACCCAAGCGCCGCAGCGAGCGCGGCACCCAGUGCAACACCCAGUGCAGCACCCAGCAUCGCUGGGGCAGCGCGCUCCCCAACAAGUCUUUCGACGCGGGACGGCAGCUCACCAAGCUGCCAACUUGAGGAGCUUCUGCAAAUGCAGCCCUACCUCGGUGGGUACUUUCCAGAUGCCAGAGAUGCAGAACAAUUUACAAAGAUGUCUCAGGAAGGGCGGUUCCCGUCAUCGCCUAAUCUGGCGCGGUGGUAUGAGCAUGUGGCGUCCUUUUCAGAGAUGGAGCGCUCCAUCUGGGCCACACAUCGCUGCGUCGCUGACUGA